CCAGGUAAAAUGGUGGAAAAAUAUGAAAAUGUAAAAUGGAGGAGAAAGAGGAAGAUAGAGUGGUGAACGGGACUGCAGUAGAAGGCUACUGGUGGUGGGCAGCCGCCAGCUCCGCGCAAUUAGGUUGGGGCAUCUUGGCAAUCAAAAGGGGCUACGCCGGCGAUUCGACCCUCAUGCCCUUCAAGGCCUUCGCCGUCGCUUCCAUCUUCGUCGGCGCCGCUGCCUCCGCCGCCGCGGCAUCCCUUCUUUAUGCCGGCGUCCACUCCGUGGAAGAUAUGAAGACUUUAGGGGCAAAUAUAAGGACUGGACUAGGAGUACGUCCUAGGCCACGUCACGAUUAGUUAAUCCACUCUACAUUUUCGGGUUCUCAAAGUUAAAUGAAGGAAGGUUGCUUCUACCUUUUGUGUUUUGGAGACAUUUCCAUAGAUAAAAGUGUAAGAAUUAUGAGGGGCAACAUACUUUGUGUCUUUCAACAUUUCCUGUGGUAAAAUGUUGCCCAAGUUUCAUGUACGAAUUUUCAAAACUGAUGGCAUUGUUUGUUAACAUCCAAAAAUAUUUUUUUGUGUCCUCCACAAGGAAGUUUAUUGUUCAAACAAAGGUACUGAUGAGGAAGAAGUAAAGAAAAACACUCAAAACAAAGUUUAAACUCGAUAUUCCAAGAAGUAUUAUCCAUGCCCGCAUGCUGGAACAUAAGAUUCGAGCAUCAGCUGAGACGGUGAAGAAGAAGUGACAUCAACAAGUAAAUAUAUAUAUAUUUCCAUUGCUUGUCGACUCUGUCUUUGAACAUCAGAUUUUCGCCGAGCCGUGUAAAGUGGGAAUUCACCCAAAAAAAAAAAAUAAAAAAAAUCCGGCUUUAUUACUUCCCCAUACUUUUCAUUUGUUUUGAGACGUUGUACUUCCUGAAAUUCAGCUAUAAAAAAGAUAAGUGCAUGCUUUUAAGGUUUUUUCCAUUGGUUAUGUAUUGAACNAAAUAAAAAGAUGUUGGCAUUUUAGAAAGUAAAUCCCUCUUUAUUUGUUCUCUAAGACUA